AGACGACUGCUACCCCCACCCAACUGAGAUCUGUCAAUGUGGCCGAUUUGUUGUUUUUAUACAGGUUAACUCGACUCCGGCCUGCCAGUUGGAACAAACUCCUUCCCCGUGCUGUAGCCAGCCGACCUCUCACAACUCGCAGCGAGCCCGAGUCAACAUGUGUGGAAUCUUUGCCUACCUCAACUAUCUGACUCCGAAGUCGCGGAGGGAGAUCAUCGAGCUGCUCAUCAAUGGGCUGCACCGACUAGAGUACCGCGGCUACGACUCUGCUGGUAUUGCCGUGGACGCACCCGACAGUAAGGACAUUGCCAUCGUUCGGAAGUCUGGCAAGGUCGCCGCACUAGAAGAAGAGAUUCUGAACCAUGAGAAAUCCUUGGGCUUUGAGGAAACAACCGAUCUGCACGUGGGAAUCGCUCACACUCGCUGGGCCACCCACGGUCAGCCCAGUGAAUUGAACUCACAUCCUCAGAGGUCUGAUGAUCAACAAAGUUUUGUUGUUGUUCACAAUGGAAUUAUCACUAACUUCAAGGAUGUAAAAAUGUUCUUGACCAAAAAAGGAUACCACUUUGAGUCUGAAACCGACACUGAAGCUAUUGUUAAGCUUGUUCAUCACUUGCACUCUCAGCACCCUGAAUACUCUUUCAGGGAACUUGUUGAACAUGCCAUUCAACAACUUGAAGGAGCUUUUGCAUUAUGCUUCAAAAGCAAGCAUUUCCCAGGCGAGUGUGUGGCUGCAAGGAGGGGAAGUCCUCUGCUUGUAGGGAUCAAGACAAAGACAAGACUGGCCACUGAUCACAUCCCAAUCCUCUAUGGCAAAGAGGCUGACAUCAACAAAACAGAUCACCGCCCCCAUGGUCGUGGUGAUAUGCCAUCCCUUAUUCCCCGUUCUGAUUCCACUGCUGAAUUCCAACCGAUGGAGGACAAGGAAGUUGAAUACUUCUUUGCAUCAGAUGCUAGUGCUGUCAUUGAGCAUACCAACCGAGUAAUCUUUCUUGAGGACGAUGAUGUGGCUGCUGUGAAGGAUGGAGCUCUCAGUAUCCACCGUCUUAGACGAUCAUUGGAUGAUCCUCAUGGUAGAGAGAUUAUUACUCUGAAGAUGGAGAUCCAGCAAAUUAUGAAGGGAAACUACGAAUAUUUCAUGCAGAAAGAAAUUUUUGAACAGACUGAGUCAGUCGUAAACACAAUGAGAGGAAGAGUCAACUUUGAAACCAAUACCAUUGUUUUGGGUGGCAUAAAAGAUUACAUUCCUGAGAUUCGCCGAUGCCGCCGACUCAUGCUCAUCGGUUGUGGUACCAGUUACCACUCUGCUUUAGCUACACGUCAAUUGUUGGAAGAACUGACCGAGCUGCCUGUGAUGGUUGAGUUGGCCUCUGAUUUUCUUGAUCGAAGCACACCCAUUUUCCGUGAUGAUGUUUGCUUUUUUAUUUCUCAAUCAGGCGAAACUGCUGAUUCACUCAUGGCGCUUCGAUACUGCAAGCAGAGAGGUGCACUCAUUGUUGGAAUCACAAAUACUGUUGGUAGUUCUAUCUGCAGAGAGUCUCAUUGUGGUGUUCACAUUAAUGCUGGCCCUGAAAUUGGUGUUGCUUCAACUAAAGCAUACACAUCUCAGUUUAUCUCACUCGUCAUGUUUGCUUUAGUCAUGAGUGAUGAUCGUAUCUCCCAUCAGGCUAGGAGGCUUGAGAUUAUUCAAGGACUGAAAAACUUGGACAACCAAAUCAGAGAGGUUCUUGAAUUAGAUGGCAGAAUUUUGGAACUUGCCAAAGACCUGUAUGAGCAGAAGUCAUUGCUUAUCAUGGGUCGUGGUUACAAUUACUCAACUUGUCUGGAAGGUGCUCUGAAAGUGAAGGAACUUACUUACAUGCACAGUGAGGGAAUCAUGGCUGGUGAGCUGAAACAUGGUCCUCUGGCUCUUGUGGACAGAGCCAUGCCACUCAUGAUGGUUGUCACAAGAGACCUAACGUACCAGAAAUGCAUGAAUGCACUCCAGCAAGUUACUGCCCGUGAUGGACGACCAAUAAUUGUGUGUGAGAAAGGAGAUAAAGAGACUGCCAGCUAUGCUUACAAAACAAUUGAAGUCCCAGCAACUGUCGACUGCCUACAGGGAAUUUUAACUGUCAUCCCAAUGCAACUUUUGUCCUAUCACAUAGCUGUUCUGAAAGGAUGCAACGUUGAUUGUCCUCGAAACCUGGCAAAAUCAGUAACAGUGGAGUAGGCCUGACUAUCCAAUGGUUUUUCUGAAUACUUUUACAUGUUUAUGAGUUGUUGUUCAGGAAUUUAUUUUUUUUGUUGGUUUUUUUCUUGUUUUUGUUUGUUUUAAAAAAGACUUUUAAUUCAAGAGUUGAAUUCUUGAAUUAAAGCAUAUUAUGCUGUGAUCAAAGUUGUACUUUCCUAAGUACAAUGACAAAUUUUAUUAUAAAAUUGAUGGAAACAACCCACACACUUGACACUGUUGUAGUGUUGUGAGGAACGAUUGAGUUGUGAUCCACAUAACAAAAGUGGCACAGUUUUGAUUCUAUGAAAAGAUUUUACCUAAUUGGAACUUGAAAGCUACAUUUAUAUUGUAUUGUAUUUGCUGUGAAGUAUGCUGGAAAAUGUUGGUAUAUGCUGUUAGUUUUUCAAAAUGUGUCAUAAAUUUUAAAAUUGUUAUGCAUUUAUAUUUUUUUUUUAAUGUUUCUAUCCACUAUUGUGAAUAGUUGGAGAUCAGUUUGUCGGCACUUUUACUACUUCAUGCAGAUCAAUUCUUUGGAGGCAAAAGGCAGCAAGAGAAUUACUCUUCAGUCUCAGAACUCAGUAUUUUACAAAUUGGUAGACAAUAACAAUCUUAAUUAAGGUACUUGUCUCAGAGUACUUACAUAAUUUGAAAAGAGGAGGUCUAGUUCAAAAAGUUGAGAUUUCUAGCUUUUGUGGAGGCUUUGGGUUGAAAUACCAAAUCGUAUAUUUGUACCUUCAUGCUCCUAUUUAAUUAAGUAAAGGCCUGUGCAGGUCUCUAAUGGUCAUUGCAUACCCCUUUUAUAAAAAAUAUAUACUUUGUAACAUCCUUAUGAAUAAGUGCCUAUUAAAAAUCUUCAAGUAUGUUUUUAUGGUGUAGGGACUACAUAGAGCCUGUUACUACAUAAUUGGCACCAAAUAUCUUAAGUACAAGUACAGUACUGUUGUAUUGUAAAACACGAUUGGCAACAAAGUCAGUACAACACAUUCCAUUUUUUUCAUUGUUUGUUCUGUAUUGCAAUAAUAAAUUGACAAAAUAGGUAGAAAGUGAGAAGAGAUUUCUACUGUACCAGUCCCAAAUCUCAUUUACAUGUAUUAAAUCAAUACUUUAUUAUGAAUUUUCCCUUUAACUUCAUAGGCGUUAAGUAUCAAUUUUUUUAAUUUUUUUUUUUUUUGUGUGUGUGUUUCUGUGUCAAUAGUCUAAAAUAUGGUGAAAAAUGUUCACUCAGUCUAUGUUUUGACUUUUGAGCACUGACAGUAUGUAUCGUUACCAUGAAUGAUGUAAAAAUAAAAACGAAUUUAUAAAUUU